ACGGCUAAUUCUGUGAGUGAAACGGAGAGUAAGAUUUUACUUUUUUGAUUAAUCGAAAUACUGCCGCUUUAGUUUUUGGAAAUAUUGCAGUUUUUGAAUAAAUCCGAAUACAUCCACGUCAAUGUAUAAUUUUACAAGACAACUCGACUGUCCCUACGGUUGGAAGAAAUAAUUAAUUUGGCAGCUAUUGCACUUGUCGGACAUCAUAUUGACGGCACCGGCUUCCGGGCGGUGGAGAAAUAGGAAGUCAACAUGUCGACUCUGUACAAGAACAGGAUUGAAGAAUUCAGGAUCGCUUUGAAUGAACCAAAGAUCAGCCUCACCAAACUGCGGGAACUCUGCUUCAGUGGAAUUCCAUUUGAAGGAGGACUGCGUUCGCUUUGCUGGAAGAUUCUCCUCAAUUACCUCCCCCUAGAACAGGCUCAGUGGAACUCUUCCUUGAAGAAACAAAGGGAAAUUUAUGCACAGUUUUUGAAGGAGAUGAUUAUUCAGCCUGGCAUUGCCAAGGCAAAUCUGGGCAUCUUCCGGGAGGAUGUUACAUUGGAAGACCACCCCUUGAAUCCUAACCCUGAUAGUCGAUGGAACACUUACUUCAAAGACAACGAGGUUCUCCUGCAGAUUGACAAAGAUGUCCGGCGACUGUAUCCAGACAUGGCAUUUUUCCAGCGGCCCACUGACUAUCCAUGCCUUCUGAUUAUGGAUCCCCAAAAUGAGUUUGAAACACUUCGCAGGCGGGUCGAGCAAACCACUUUGAAAUCCCAGACAGUUGCACAUAAUCGGAGCGGCGUUACAAAUGUUUGCUCCCCUCGCAAAACAACCUCGGCCAAUGAAUAUGAAGUGCUCCCCAAUGGCUGUGAAGCUCACUGGGAGGUGGUCGAGAGGAUCCUCUUCAUUUAUGCCAAGCUGAACCCAGGAAUCGCUUAUGUGCAGGGCAUGAAUGAGAUUGUGGGUCCAGUUUACUAUACCUUUGCUACAGAUCCUAACACUGAGUGGAAAGAACACGCAGAAGCAGACACAUUUUUUUGCUUCACAAACCUGAUGUCAGAAAUCAGGGACAAUUUCAUCAAGAGCCUAGAUGACUCGCAGUGCGGGAUCACAUACAAAAUGGAGAACGUUUAUUCUACACUGAAGGAGAAAGACAUGGAUCUGUAUCUUAAAUUGCAAGAACAGAAUAUCAAGCCACAAUUUUUUGCCUUUCGCUGGCUCACACUGCUGCUGUCCCAGGAGUUCCUUCUUCCUGACGUUAUCCGAAUAUGGGAUUCCCUCUUUUCUGAUGUCGACAGAUUCGAUUUCCUCAUCCUCGUCUGCUGUGCCAUGUUGAUUUUAAUUCGGGAUCAGUUGCUGGUUGGAGACUUCACAAUAAACAUGAGAUUGCUACAGACAGUGGGUUCCUUUCGAAAAGCAGCACGCUGGGAACUGCCUUUGGGUCCCAUCUCCAAAGAUCGGGUGGGGGAUUUCUCUGUCCCAAAGGCCCAGUUUUUGGAUUAUCCAAUUUCCGAUGUUGACCUGAUCCUGAAGAAAGCAAAAGAACUACAGGAUUCUGCAUAGCAACGUUGCAGCUCUGUUCAAUAUUCCAAAAACUGCCAGAUACACACAUACAGCAAAUAUUUGGUGUGAAGGUGAUCAAACCCACCUCUGUAGUGCCUUCUGAGAUAACUUCUCCACACUGCUAUGCAGUGUGUGGCGAAAGAGGUCUUUUACUCUGUACUUUGCAAAUCUUGUGAUUUUUCUCAUCUCAUCCCAUUUAUGUCACCACCCACCAAUCCCUCCCCACCAACCCCUCCCCACUCUCUUCUCCUCUUGUCUUUUCCCUCCCCGAACCCAUGGGUAAAAAAUCCUGAGAGAUUCUUGAUCUUUCUCUCUCCGCUGUGAAUCAAUGGUGCUAGGUAUGGUCUUUGUUCAUUCAUAGGCACACCAAAUGAAGGUUAAUGUCCUUUCAUGAAGGAAUAUGGUUGAAGAUUAUAAACCAUCCCUUAUCACAGAACUAAAGGAAGCAAAAGCACAAUUCUCAUAACAUUGAGUCGAUGCUAGAUGCUUGCUGUCUUUAUUGCUGUGAUGGAGAGCUUGAUUCAUGAGAGAUUGGUCAGCGGGUGAAAGAUCAGUUACUGAGUCAAGCACUUCAAAUGGAACUGCCCAACCCACACCAGAAACACUUAAUCUAAUGUUGCUUUAAAAUGCAAACUGUAAACUCCUCGCUGUCAUGAAUUUUGAAACGUACAAUAAGCUUUACCAUGUUUCCGGUACUAACAGGAAUACGCCCGCAAGAAAUGAAAGUUUUGUCAUGUUUUGAGGGACCAGGUGGUGUUUGACCAAAACUUUUCCAGGCAUCAAAGCAAUAUUUUACAGGUCUAAGCCACUGCCUGUGGUAGUUAAUAUUUCCACCACAUCCUACAAGGUAAUAUUGUCUAAGUUCUUCUUUCACAGUUGUGAGCAGCAUUUGAAUGAUAGUAUAGACUUUCACUGAUUGCCUCCCAGAGUAAGAUCUGUUAAUUGCUGCUGAUUUGGACAAAAUGCAAAAUGUUUUGUUCCUUGACAUUUCAGCUGCUGGUAACUCACACUAAGCACUCAGAUUUGCUACAUAUCAUAUGAAUCCGUGGUCAUAUCACCAGAGUUACAUAAGAUUUAUACUACCCUCCAAUUUCCCAUGUUGAAGCUACAAAAUAUUUUUUUGUGAUAUUUUGAGUGUAACUCUUGGCGAGAGCAGUGGAAGGGGUUAAACAUAAGGAGCUUUGCGAAACAUUGUCCAAAGUGAAAUCAUUUCUCUUAAAUUUCCACCAUUAACCCUCGGUUACUUUUGCUUCAAACACAGUUCACGGUUCAAUUUAAAUUUUAAUAGUUAUAGUUAUACAAAAGAUUUCAGCCAAGAUCCAAAGCAUACAAAAGCAGUUUGUAAAAAAUACCAAUCUGAAGUUAUCAAGUUUAAUCUUUUAAGUGCAAAUGUCAGGUUUACAGCUAAUAUUGAUUUUCCUAAAGUUAUAUUUCUUUAAUUUCUUACCUAUUUGUUACUUAAUACUAAAUCAUCCUGACAUUUCUAUUUAAAAGAAAGCUUCACCUAACAAAAAUGACUAUUGCUGAAAUGAUACCAGAUCUGUUAGAUCUUGUAAAACAUCAUGGGAAAAUUCCCAUUUCGAUUUCUGACUUUAACCACGUUUUAAUCCGCUAUUAGAUUUGCCUGUGACUUUGGAUUUACCCUGACCUUAUUGAAAAUAUAUCAUAGCCCAUAUAAAAUAAUAUUAGCUUAGAAAUGGGCUGGACUAAACUUGCAGCAUUUAAUUCCUACAAUUGGUCUUUCUAAAAAUCUUGAUAGUUCUUGGAGGACAAUUACACACCAUAAUGAAGUGUGAAGGCUGCAUGAAUUAUUGUGUGACGAAUGUAUAGAUCCAGAAAAUAUCAUCAUUCUACUUUUCAAUGUUUGCAUGAAUUUAAAAUCAACCCGUAGUUCAGUUAGUCUCCAGCGUAUGUAAUGUGGUUUGUAUUUUGAUAAUUGGCGCAAACUAUAUGUGACUGUGACAGGACCCACAAUCUUUACCAGACAUCACUACUUCACUGAUCAGACACCAUAACUCUUGAUGUUCUUGCUGUGGACCUAGGGUUAAGGACCUGGAGUUGCCCCUUCCACCCACCUAGGGCCAUUUAAUGCAAUUACUGCUGUUACUACGCCAGUUGAUCUUGUAUUUUGCCCGUACUCUGCUCCCAUCUCAGCGUUCUUCACAGUUUAAAAUAAAAAUUUGAAUGGAAUAGGCAGCACAGAGGAAAUUGCAAGACCAACUGAACACUUUCAGUGUUGGGUAAGCAAAAGGAGCUGGCAACUUUAAAAACAUAUAAAUGGAUGGAAGAAACUGAGCAUUCAGCUGCCUGCUAUCAAAAUAUAUAACAGUGAACUUUCUGCUGUAAAUGCUCAGUGAAGUUUUCAUACAGCUCACUUCCUUUGACAUGUACAUCUGCAGGUUUGUUAGUGUGAUGUGAUGUUAAGAUAUGGAGAGUAUUCUAAUGUUUUGAAGCCCUGCUUUGCCUUGUUCCUUUUCCCAUUCGAUCUUUGUCUGACUGCCUUGUUUUAUUCUGUACGAAGAGAGGUCUUGUGUUGUUUUUUCGAUGGGAACGAGAGCCCUUGUUUGUCAACAUGCCAGAAGCUCCUCUGUGGUGCAUGCAUGACAUCAAUGUAUCACAGUGUGCAAACUAACUACACCUGACAGUAUUAAAACAUUUAUUUUCAAAUGAUGCUGGGAGAAUCUCAUAGGGGUAUGGACUCUAUUUAAAUCUUGUUAAAUUUCCUCCAAUUAAUCUUAAAAUAUCCUUCAGAUUCACAGCACGUAAUAAUAUAAUCCUUUCCAAUCCUUCAUAAAUCCUAUGAAUUUGAAGAAAUAAUUUAGUCACUCCCAUCUGUUUUUUUUGCCACUCAGUAGAAUUGUGGUCAGGUUGUAACUUAGCUGUCCAUCUGCUUUUUUUUUUUACUUUACUAUAUAAACUUGGUCUUGAAAUAUCAAGUGUGUUUGAUAUCCACCACACUUUGUUUCGUGACAUUAUGGCUAACAAUGGCGUCAAUUUAAUGGUCGUCCCCUUUGUUCUGCACCACACCAAGGGAAUUUUGCGAUAUCAUCCUCACGGUUUGUUCACCUUUCGUUGGGACAAACCAUUGAAAACGUUGAUUGAAGGUUGCCGAGGCUGUCGUAGUUGGACUAUUGGGUCUCAAACUGUCCAGAGGAGGCCGUUUUGAGACUGCAGUUUUAUAUCAUGGUGGACCAGACUUUCCCUUGCACCUUCUCAUCAAGGGAAAAUUCCAAUUUAAUCCUGAUUAUUUUUCAAAUUUUAUAAAUAUAUCAACAAGUACAUCUUGAAUCUCAUAUUAGCCUAGUCAUUGUCUGCUGCAAUCUUAACCCCUUUGACAUCUCUCUCCCACUGAUAUUUCCCCACAUGUGAAUGCAGGUGUCCAUGUCUACCUUACUUAUGUAAUCCCGUCUUCUAUUGACCGCCUGGCUAAUGGUGCAGUAUUGUGUUCGAAACAGUUUUUCUUGUUUCAAAUACAAUAAAUAGUAAAAAGCUUUUUAAAAAAAAAAAAUUAAAAUUAAAAAAAAAUCUUAUUCUGGUGAAUGGAGUUUAGUUUCACAAGGUUGUCAUGUACUCAUUAUUUCUCUAAUCUCUGGCAAAACUAUAAUAUACUCAACUCCGGUAAAGGAAAGAUUACCAGCACUGCAAGAUGAAUUUGGAUCAGGUGGGCAUAUGGAGAAAACUGACUGCCCCACAGCUGCAGUAGCGAUCCCGGUUUCUAUGCAUGUUGUGCAUGUUGCAUUUUCUGCAUAUCUGUCUUGCAUUAUUCCUCAAGCACCCGAUGUGCAUGCAAGUGCUUUCUAUUACAUUGUAUCUGCCACUCCCUGUCUUACCUUUCAUGAAACCCAACAAAAUGUCUAUCUUGUAUACGCUCUGACUGCUUUCUGUUCAUUGGUAUUCUAUUUCUCAUAUACUGUACUUAUUUCCACGUACAAGCUUGCAGUCUGUAGAUGUUGGUUUCUCCCCUUAAAUGAGAGAACAUAAAUUGUCUUUCAUGUACAGUCUCAGUGUCUGUUUUUCACUCAUUCACGCAUUUGUGUCACACUCAAUGCCGUCUCUUUGUGUGUUAUGGGAGAGGCGGUGGUCAGUGUUGGAACAAAGGAGUUAAAAUAAGUGGCAACAGAAAGACUUGUUUCUGCAUUUGUGCGGUGUGAUUUAAGAGUUGCUUGAAACAAGUUUAAUAUGGUUAGAAUUAUGUUCAUUUAUAAUUAGAUAUCAAAAGAACGGUUAUGGUUUAUUGUGCUGAUGCCACAGCUAUCAGGGCAUGUUGACACUAAUGAGAGACCAAAAACUGUUUCAAUGAGUAGUUUCACCUAAAUGUAGUAACUAUCUAUCUGUCAAACUGUGAAUAUUAUUUUUAUGUUGCGUUACAAGUUACAACAGGUUUGGUUUUCAGGGUUGGGGAUUAAUGUACAGGAGCUCUGCAAUUUAUCCCAUCUGUGAGCAAAGCCCAAUAGUGCUAAUGGGGUGAGUGGAGAUAUUGGGAAUUAGACAUUGAGUUGGAAAACCGAUUUAAAGCUUUUACUUUGACACUUGCACUUCAUUGCUGCUGAGAGGCUGUGGUCAAUGUCAUGGAUGCUGUGGUGCUGGUGGAUGCAGUUUCUAGGUGUGGGAAGGAAGCUUGGGUAAGCUUCCAACUGCUUCCAGGGUUCAUCUGCAGCUAGAUUAAGAUGCAACUCAUUAGUAGAUGGUUGAUGGUCCACCUGAUCCCAAGCUUGUGGAACUGUGAUCCAACAGCAAGGGUGCUGCAUUUCUGCCUGCUCAGAUAUGAAAUUGCUAAGUCCAACAUAUUAAGUUCAUUAAUAUGAAUCUGUGCUCUCAGAACAGAAAAUGGCCUUUGUUUGCAUGGUGGUAUAGAGGGAAGGAAAAAGACAAGAUGGCAGGUAAUUUUCCAACAGCAAGCUUGCCAUACGCCAGAGAGAACUUUAAUUUUGAGUUAAGUGAUACCAAUUGCAUUCACCUCCCAAGAUUUGUCAUAAUCGAAAAUGUUGAACAUUUGUGAUUAAUCUGGGAUUGAAGCAUGUUAAACAACCACUAUAUAUAGAAUUAUUCUCUGAAGCUAAUAAUGCUCCACCCACAACUGCUGAUUAUUUACAAUGACAGUCACGGAAUCCUAUAUAGGAGAAAACCAUUGAUACGUUUGUGUUUCUCUACUUAAACAUUUGCAUGUGCCAUCAAAAGCAUAAAUGCGGGAAUAAAUGGCUUAUGUGUUUUCAUUAAAUUAUUUGGGAAUUGACGAAGGCAGCAAUGAAACAAACUAAAUUACAGUGCAGGAAGGAAUAAAUGACAAUUGCCAGUGUAUGAUAUAUAGAAACUGGAAUAUGUUGCAUUGUAAAAGCUAGUAAAUUAUUUUUGUGUCAUUAAUAAUGUAAACUUUUAUUUCAUGCAGAAAAUAGCCAUUUGUUGAGUGGCAAGUUUAUAAUUUGCUGCAUUUUGCACAGGUCAAAAAAAUCAAAUCAAUCAAUUCAGCGCAUCAGAAAUGCAACAAAGAAAGGAAGUUUAUUUACUACGACAGCACAAAUGUUAUUUUACUGAGGAAUUAUAAGACAAUGGUAUAUAAAGGGAUUAUGUUUUUUUCUGUUGAUUACGACCUUGGAUUAGUAUCUCCCCACAUCCUCCUCCAUCCCUGUGUGUCACCUGUCCAAUGGUCACUGUAAACUUAAACAGGGUUCAUUAUCUAAAUGCCUCCAAUUCUUAAAAUAAAUAAGUCAAACAAGCCAUUAGUGUCUAGCACCCAAUGACGGUUUUGGAGGAAGGGGCAUUUCAUUUGAGCUUCUUCCACAUAAGCUCUUAAUUGUGUUUUUGGUUUCAAUGAAGGUUUACUUAGUGUGAUAUUCCAAUGACUGUUAGUAAUGUUUUCCCAAAACGAUGUGCACUUGUAUUUAAAAAAAAAAAAAAAAAUUUUUACAAAUUGCGCUUAAUGUCUGUGAAUUUUAGAAUUGAAAUAAAAUUGUUAGCGUAUUUUGUUCAAAAUGCACAAUGUAUAUUGUUGUUUUGAAAAAAUAAUUAAAAAAUAUAUCCAUAUU